AUGACUGUUACGCGGGUGGCGGAGUCCCGCACAGAAUUUAAAUUAAAGAGUCUACCCGAGGACGCUAUAUCGAGUGUAAAGUUUGCCCCGAAAUCCAAUCAAUUCCUACUAGUAUCGUCCUGGGAUUGUUCCGUCAGGUUAUAUGACGUGUCAGCUAACGUUGAGCGGCAUAAAUAUAGUCAUGAACUUCCUGUACUUGAUGUGUGCUUCAGGGAUGCUGUACAUUCCUACAGCGGGGGCUUAGACCAAACAUUGAAAAUGUAUGAUUUGAAUGCCACCACCGAAAGUGUUUUAGGGGACCACAAGGGUGCAAUAAGAUGCGUAGAGUUUGCGAAUGAAGUCAAUGCAGUACUGACUGGAAGCUGGGAUGGCACUAUUAAGAUGUGGGAUAGUAGGGUUCCAAACUGUGUCGGAACUUACAAUCAAGGCAAUGAAAGGGUAUACACAAUGAGUAUUGUCGGUGAAAAGUUUGUAGUCGGCACUUCUGGACGUAAAAUUUUUGUAUGGGAUGUAAGAAAUAUGGGCCACGUCAAUCAGAGACGAGAAUCGUCCCUCAAGUACCAAACUCGAUGUAUUCGUGUGUUUCCUAACAAACAAGGUUACGUCUUAAGCUCAAUAGAAGGUCGUGUCGCUGUGGAGUAUUUGGACAGCAACCCUGAGGUGCAGAAAAAGAAAUAUGCUUUCAAGUGUCACCGAAUUAAAGAUGGAGGUUUGGAGAAAAUUUAUCCAGUAAACGCAAUAAGUUUUCAUUCCGUGUACAACACCUUUGCCACGGGCGGUUCCGACGGAUACGUUAACAUUUGGGAUGGAUUCAACAAAAAGAGACUGUGUCAAUUUCACAGGUACAACACGGCGGUGUCGUCGCUGAGUUUCUCCCACGACGGUUCGGCGCUGGCGAUCGCCUGCUCGCAGCUCGACGAGACUCAAGUCGACGAACCGAAGCCCGAGGACACCAUCUACAUCCGAUAUGUGACCGAUCAAGAAACGAAACCCAAAUGAGUGGCGGGCGCCCGGUAGCCUGUGGCUUUAUAGUUGUAGCGACAUUUGAGACAUUCUGACUUUAUGAUAAUUUUUACCAUUUAGACUGAGUGGAUUUUGAGAUUCUGUUAAUAAUAUUUACUUCAAAUAAUAUUUUGUAUCAGAUCACUGAUAAUUUGUAUAAUCUUUCAAAGAUUAACAGUUGUUUUACGACGAACGUCAAGAUAAUAAAUAUAUUAAACAUUAAGGAAACAGUCCAAGAUAGUAGUUUACUAGAAAUUAAGUGUGAAAGUAGGGUGAUUUAAUUUCAGGCAUGAUAAAUAAAAAAAACCGAAGUCCAGUCAUUGUCACAUAGUUCUAUUAUCGAUAAAAAAAAUCAAGCGUUAUCUAUUUCUCAACAAAUAUUAAUUUAUAAAAAUGGACAGAAAUUGUGACUUGCAAAACGAUGCUACUUUGUGCUUUUUACAUAAAUCAUUGUUUUAAAACCUAGCUUAUGUAUAUAUAAUUGAAACGCUCUAGUUCCUAGCUAAUGUAGCCGAAAGUAAGAACUGUUUUCUUGAUAUUUGAUGUUCUGACUAAUCUUAACACGAAUGUCCUAUAAAGCCACAAUCGGGAUAGUGGAAUGAAAGAGAAAGUAAGAAAUUGAGUGAUUUAGAUUUAAGUGAUGAAUACUUGAAAUAAAUAAUAAGUUUUUA